AGGUGCUCCAUAUGACUACUAUCCUGCGGGGGACUGUGGCAAGGUCCCGAAAAUGGAUAUAUAUCGUAUCUCCUCAUUUAGAAUCGGAAAUUCUAGUGACAGCACCGCUAUGAGUCCAAAGAAAAGAUAAAUAGAUACAAAAACCGGGCAACCACAAGUAUAAGUUAUUUCUCUGGUGGAAGACAUGCAUUUACUCCCUCUACUUAGUGUUGUUGCUCUACGGCUAACCUUGACAACGGGUGCUUACCAUGAGGGGUUGAACACGCAAUUGAGAAGGGCCAAUCUCAAUAGAUAUUCCACCCCAAAAUCCGAACCUCUGGUUGGAUUAAAGAGAACGAGGAGCCCUUCAGGCGAAAAGAACCCUAGGAUAUUGACGUCCUCAGGGGCCAGCCCUUGCGCGGGGGAUUUUGGGAGGCCACGGUAUCAGUUUUCCGAAUUCCAAUUCAACAAGACGACUACAGAAUCCGGGGAUAGGGGCAUGACACACUUUCAAUUGCACGACGUGGUCAAUAACGGAACUGCAUUAUGCACAACGCCAUAUCUACAGGAUCCAGACGAGCCAUUGUGGAAUGAGUGCGAUGAAUAUGAUAAUGCAGCAAGUCCGAAGACUACAUUCCAAUACGCGCCAUCAACCAGGGAACUCGAGAUCAAUCAAAUGUGGAUAUGUGAAGCCGAGAACAAGACUCAUCCUCGUCCUUAUUUUUCAUCAGCGUCGAUUGAUCUUACCGAGCUACUUCAAUGUGCCGAGGACGGCCAGCAAAUGAUAUGUACUGCAGCAGAUGAGCUGGCGCCCUCAUUCACUGGCGAAUAUGUAACUCCAACUUGGUCUUCUGGCUCGGUGGACAUAAUCCCACCUUCCGAGAAGGAGCCUUCGGGUACUCCCUGGAAUCCAACUCCUUGCAUCGGUCCGUCUUUCAGUUACCCGAACUGGGAUGUACAAGACUUUACUUACGAGGAUGCUGGCGACCAAAGCUCCGUAAGCUUUCUCCUCAAUAACCAUGGUAAUAAUCGAUCAACAAAAUGCGCAGUCCCGGAAGGCGAAUGGGCCAGUUGUGACAACUCGACCAAUGUUCGGUUUAAUGAAGAAACCGGAGAACUCUCAGUCAGUCAGACUUGGAUUUGCAACGGAGGAGACCAAUAUCCAGAAAACGUAACAUUUCGAGCUGUUGGUAGUGCGCCCAUCGAUAUUGAAUCGGUCAAUUCGACUUAUAUCCAAGGGUCGCUAACGGAGCCCAUUGAAUUGACUCCGAAUGUCGCACCAGAAGGAGUUAACCAUCCAGGCUGCCUUGAUACCUCUGAAACGCCAUCGUGGAUAGUAACCUCGUGGGAGUGGAAUGAGAAGUGGCUUAACGGUUAUAACUCAGGCAAUUUGACUGUCACUUUUCAUAACCCUGCGAACGGCUUCAGUCUCACCUGUACGGGAGACGGCGAGGAAUUGAAUCGCGAUGGAAGAUAUGGUAACGAGAGAUGGUGGGGAUGCGCCUCGUCAACUUCUCCCUUUAGUGACUACAAGACUGACUCGUUGAUCAAACUCAAUCCUCUGACCCAGGUCUUCUCCAUAGACCAACGAUGGUAUUGUAACGGUCACGGUGAAAAUCUCCCCGCAAAUUUCAAAGCAGUCGGGGAUGUGAAUACAUCAUUGGAAUGCUUCUGGACAAACGAAACUUGGGCCAACUCAUCCAUCAAGACCUGCUAUCAGACGGAGCUUCCCCUGGAGAUCCAAGGAAAUGUAAUAGAGAAGACCGAGCUUGAUAAAGACGUAUUCUUCGAGCUAGCCCCUAGCGGGUAUAGUUGCACCAUCGCCUCCGUCCUCGCAACGCAGUGGCGGAUAGGUUGGAUGUCGGAUUCGCUUUACACGAGCCCCACGUUUGCCGAUGACUUCGAAACGAGAGGCCAAUUUGGUAUCACAUUCCUCGCUCUAGCCGGCUACCAGGGCGUGAGUUAUAAGGACAUUUCUCUUACCCCCUUCAUGCACACGAGCGAGCCUGGACGCUGGCACGACUGUAAGAAUUACGAAACUGGGGAGGAAACGUCCGAUGUUUGGGCACGCAACUCUCUCGACUGUAAAUGGCAGCUCGAUCUUGCCACAGGUUACUUCGCUAUCAAUCAUACUUGGUUCUGCGAUGAUAAAGAUCCCGAGCAUCCAAUUAUCUUUCAAGGUUCGGGAAGCAGAUUCUAUGACUUCUCUUGCUAUGUUGAUCGUCAGGGUGAUGAGAUCUCAUGUAACCCCACCGGGUUGAAUCCUCCGCCAGUGUUACCGACGUACUUAUCCUGGAGAAGUGUUCCGGCUGCAGAGCUUAGAAUCUGAUUAUGACUAUCAGAGCAAGAUAUCUUACAAAUACACCGUGCUUCUUUUCUAUAUUGGCUAUUAUCUGUUGUCAAGGCCAUUCAAUAGAUCAAUAUUCUGUCAAAUCAAGUUGUACAUCUCGAAAGCCUUGGUGAAGUCAGUUGUUGAAAUACAAGGAAAAUUCAUCACCGUAA